AUGGAAGUGAACGCGCAAUGCGAUGUUUAUAGCUUCGGAGUAGUAACACUGGAAACAAUUUUUUCUCAUCUUUGUCAUCAGGAUCGUCUUCUUCGUUGUCAUCUGGAUUACCUGCCCAUCAAAUGCCAGUUGUGGAUGUUGUGGACCAACGUAUUUCCCCUCCACCAAAUCAAGAAGCAGGGGAAGAUAGCGUGA